AUGGUUAUGAAUUAUCAUGCAUUUAUCUGUUUCCAGUGUAAUCCUGUGAUGAUUGAUGCUGUGAAAGUAAGCCCAGCCCACAGGGCCCGUUACUUCUGGGGAAAUGUACCUGGAAUGAACCGACCACUUGCUACUUCACUCGCUGAUAAAGCAGAUCUGCAGGACUGCCUGGAGGUCGGACGAACUGCAAUGUUCAACAAAGUUCGCACGAUCACCACCAAGUCCAAUUCCAUCAAACAAGGGAAGAUGGGACCUCUACCAGUCACCAUGAAUGGAAAAGAGGACUAUCUUUGGUGCACUGAAAUGGAGAGAAUAUUUGGGUUCCCAAAGCAUUACACAGAUGUGAAUAAUAUGGGGCGGGGACAGAGGCAGAAGUUGCUUGGGCGGUCCUGGAGCGUUCCCGUGAUCCGACACCUCUUUGCCCCACUAAAGGAUUACUUUGCUUGCGAGUAAAACCACCGUCUGGUCCAGGCAGCACUGGCACUGGAGGUCCAAAUCGAGUCUCUCAGAUAUAUGAAAUUGAUGAUUUUUUCCCCCCUGCAGAUUCUGACUUCACAGAAUAUUUUCCAAUUUUAAUGUUGCAUUUGUUCUAAACGUUCAGAGAGCAUGUUAUCCUGAUGAUUUAUCCUUGGAAUGCACAGACACUUUUGGAUUGGAUUUUGAGCAUCUUAAGUACUGUCGUUUUUAACUUGUAUACUUUUAAAGUCAUUUUAAUGCUGGAGAGAGCCACACGAUACUCCAUCCACUACCUCAGUGCCAUUCUGUGAUUGGUUCAUUGUCUGGAGGAAUGCCGCUUUAACUUAUUCAUUAAAUUAUAAAUAGGCAUAAUGUUAAUUUGGUUUAGUUUAUCAGUUUUAACCUUUUGUCAGCUUUUUAUAUCACAUUUUUACAUUAAAUAUGUUUCUUGUUUAGGAAUAAAUAUGUCCUGUUGUUAAAUAUUGCAUAGUUUCAUAAUUUUUUAAAUGAUGAUUGGUAAUGUUGUCAUUCCAUGGUGCUGUUUUGUAAUACAGAAUGUUUGGUCAUCAUAAUAACUACUAAGUCAACACUUAAAUGUUUUCCUAUUUAGCAGCAUCUAUUUAAUGGAAAAGAGUGUUAAUAUACAGUACACCGGAGAUUAUUUGGUUUUCAAUUAAACAGUGUUUUGUUUGUAGGAAUACAUGCAAUCUUGUAGUGCUCCAUGUAUUUAGAAGCACAAAUGUUGUCUGUGCCAUUAUAUUUUAAUAAUUGAUAGAUGUGAGUUGACGGUAGCCU